GAGCUUGGUGGGCGGCGGGCGAGGCGGGCGGCGGGGAGCCGAUGGGCUCGCCGCCUGCGCUGGGGCUGCAGCUGCCGUGCCACGGCGAGUCGGGAGGGAGGCGGAGGAGUGGAGUCGCAGCCAUGUUUGGCGCCGGCGGGCUGAGGGACCUCUUCGAGGAAGACCCCUUCUUCCGGGAGCCUUUUGCUGCGCAGCAUCAAUACAUGCGUCAAAUGCUGAGAAGCUUUUCUGAUCCUUUUGGACGAGAUCCAUUUCUCAGUAUUACGGAGGGUGACGAAAGAGCUCGAGAUCAAAGAGGACACCGUGAUUCUCAGGUUGCUUUGAGAGGAAAUCAGAGAAAUUCAGAUUUCAAGGAUCCUUUCUUUGCAAUGGACAGAACUAUAUCAAACAUGAGAAACAGUAUGUUAGAACUGCAAAGAAAUUUUGAUCAUCUCUCACUCAAUCCAGAUGCACACUCAUUCAGUUCUUCUUCUGUGAUGACCUAUUCCAAGAUAGGUGAUGAACCACCAAAGGUUUUCCAAGCUUCAGCUCAGACUCGCACAGCUCCAGGAGGUAUCAGAGAGACUAGAAAAGCACUUAAAGAUUCUGAAAGUGGGCUGGAAAAAAUGGCUGUUGGUCAUCACAUUCAUGAUCGUGCCCAUGUAAUUAAAAAAUCAAAGAACAACAAAACUGGUGAUCGAGAACUGAAUCAAGAAUUUAUCAACUUGGAUGAAUCUGAGGCCCACAUAUUUGAUGAGGAAUGGCAGAAGGAGAUUAUGAAGUUUGGAACAUCUGGAGCUAGAUGCAAUUUAGAAGCUCCAAAACACAGAAGUAACCGUCAUAUAAGCAGGGAAGAUGCAUCAAGGAGGGAGAAACCCCACCCAAAACCACUGAUUGCAGGAUCCAGAAAACCCGAAGUUUCUGUGGAGAACCUCAAUGUGAAAGGAUCGCACGUCCCAAUCAAAACCAGCAAAAGAUAAAUGGCUUGUAUAAUGAUUUGGAUGGGUUUUUUGUUUUGGUGGUUGUUUUUUUUUCAGAGAAGAUAAUGGUGCUGGAUCGUUAUGUAUAAGACCAAUCCCUGGUUUUUAAGUAUUAGUGGGCCUUGCUCGUCUAGUCAUUUGACCGCUGAUUGUUCUUGAAGACACCAUCUCUUUGGCUACUCUAUCUGGGUCUGAGCAGUAAAAGAAAAUAUUUACCACUGAAAAGCACUUUAUUGGGUUAUCACUUUCCUGUAUACUGUAAACUACAAUAUUUUGCCUUCCAAGGCUUUUUUCCUACAAUUAUGCUAAUCUCUCAAACUUUUCAGCAGGCUUGGUGGUGAAACUACAUCUAUUACCCAUGCAAUACAGCUUACACAGAAACUCAAUUCACUUUUUGUAAAAUUAUUUUUUGUGGCUGAAGCAAUACCGGUGUGGUUUUGGUGAAAUUAGAUUUAAAAUUACACUUUAAAAUUAUUAAAUAGCAUGUAAUUUACAUGCUAUUGUAUAAUUGCCAGAUUCAUGGUGAUUGCCCUGAUUUCAGAAUGUUAACGGAGUCUAAAAAUAAGUAGUCAAGUAACUUGUUUUUAAGUAAAAUUUAAGUUUAUCGACAUUCUUAUUUAUCACUUUUGGAUAGUUGAUUUUCUGUACAUAGUUCAUUAAUUUCAAUGGCUUUAUAUUGUAUCUCCUAAGUGGUUCUACAUCCUUUGUGUGUUUCCACUGAAGGUGUGAACCAUUAUUUCUCACCAUUGCAGAUUCUCCAUACUAGGGCUAGAGUUAAGUAGCAUGAUGGGUUUUCUAUUUUCUGUGGCAAUAUACUGCAGUUCCCUUGUAUGGACAAUAGAUAUGACUGUUGGCAUUCUUAACCAGAUUGGUUUGGGAAUCAAAUUUGGUUCAACAGACUGUAAAAGUAUAUGAACUAAAUGCUGAAUAAUUACACCAUUCCCUCCGUAAAUGAUAGUUUUAAAAACAUAUGUGCAGGAAAUGCUACUUGUAGUCAUUCUUAUUCUUCUAUCAGCUAAGUUUGUGGCUGUGUUGUAUCAUUUUGUGUCCUGAUUUUUAAUUUAAAGGAAUCCAGGAUCUGGUAAAGGUAAAAAUUGUUGAGCUCCCUUGAAAAUUUUACUAUUUCAAAGUUCUUCUCUUGUUUGUACGUUUUGUUUUCUUUUUUAAAAGUUUCCUUGGCUUAAAAUUAUUAGGCAAAAACAGACUGAAUGAUUUAUUGGGAAAAGUAAACAUCUUAAUGUAUAUUAUCUGUGUCAAAGUUCAUGCACCAUUUUGUUACUUGGAAGGAAUUGUAGAUGAUAUAUAAAUAUAAGCCUGAACAAUGAAUCUAUUAGUAUUUUUAAGUUACAGCGUUUGACUUCUCAUGGCCAAGAUGUACACUUUUUUAAUCAUAUCAACCUCCGAGGUGUCUUUAAAAUAUGUUUACUCUUAAACCAUAUUGAUUUUUUUCCCCUGCAGAUCCCUAAAUUAUUUAAUAUUAUUAUUCUUACACAUAACAUGCCCUGUUUAAUUGUAUUUUUGGAAUGGAAGACUCCGUUUUCUUCUCUCUGCUUGCUUAAUGCAAUAAGUUUUCUUCAAGUAUUAUAGUAAAAUCCAGUGUCUAUGGUUUAAUGUUACUAAGACCAAUAUGUAGUUCAUACAUCUUAGUCAGAUCAGACUUAUUUACAGAUAAUAGUUCUUAAUCUGAAAAUGUACUGUCCUUAUUACUAACCAGUGUACAAAUUUGAGGCCUGAUCCUGCUUUCAUUGAAGGUAAUGGGGAUCUUGCCACUGAUUUCAUUUAGAGCAAGAUUAGGCUCUUAAUGUAUGUUUGUUUUGUCACCUAGAUUCUCUAAUAACAAGCAAUGUAACCGAAUGCUUGUACAUUAGAAUUGUAAUGUAAUAUUAAAAUUAAAUCAGAAGGAAAUCUUCUGUUUAGGAGAUUCUGUAACUUCAUAAAAAAAUUUCUACAUCUGUUACAGCCCUAUACUUGACCUUUUCUUUUUACAUCUUUUAUGUGUGUACUUGAAGAAGAAACAUUAGACACAUACAUAAAGUACUUCAUUCUUUAUUAAAUAAGCAGAUACUUUGAUUGUAAAGAAGCAGUGGAGGACUAAUACACAUGGCUGAAUUUGAUGUAAUGUUAAAUAAUAAUCUAAAAGUUAAUGCAGGAAAAGUUGUUUCUAAAGGUAUAAAAAUAUAAUUCUUUGGUUAAUAAAGAGUUGUUUAUUCUUUAA